UCCAACGAAGCACAACUUCUAAAGCUACGCUAAGUGGGUGGUAACAUGGCAACCGGAGGCGCUCCUUUGGAUGACAGCGCGGACGAGCUGCACAACUGGAGCGUCACCAACGCUAGCUUGGAGGACCGACUCAACAACAUGGACUGGAGUGGGACACAGCAGAAGAAGCCGAACCGCUCAUCAGAGAAAAAUAAAAGAAAGCUGUCAGCUUCCUUGGUGGCGCAAAGCCGCCUAACCAACGACAUUUCGCCCAGUUCCACCCCGUGGGGCGUUCGCCGCAAGACCGCCCACGUCAAAUACACCAGCCAACGCUCCGUCCCGGACCAGGCGGAGCUGGACAAGAUCCACCAGAGGAUCAAUUUCUCUGACUUGGAUGAGAGCAUCGGUAGCGACUCCCAGGGCCGCGUGACAGCCGCCAACAACCAGCGGCAGCUAAUGGCGGAGAAUAAGAAACCUUACAACUUGGUCCCGCUGCACGUCAACACCAACAAGAGCAAGGAGCUGCUCCUACCCGCCACCUCUGCUCCUUCCACUCCCGCCGCCGUCGUCAAGGUAACCAGCAAGCAGAGUCCAGCAGCGAGGGAUGACUUCAGCUCCGGGGCUACCCCCAAGGAAACGGCAACGAGGCCACGAGACAGAUCGGCAGCGAUGGCGACGGCAGCGCGCUCAGACGGCGAGGAAGGAGAAGUUGUCAGCAGCUUGCUGGUAAGCAAGCUGAUGCAGAUCCGCGAGUACAUUUGUAAGGCCAGCUCCAUGCGCGACGACCUGCUGGAGAGGAACGAUGUGCCGGCCAACGUGGAGCGCCUCUCCCAUCUCAUCGAGCACCUCAAGGAGCAGGAGAAGUCCUACCUGCGCUUCCUGCAGAAAAUGCUGGCUCGGGAGAACGAGGAGGACGGUAGGACGCAGGAUUCCGCUGUGGGCUCCGGCUCCUUGGGGGAGAGCGCCUCACUCAACGUCGACGUGAGGUCUUCGGAUGCUUCGAACGCAGCCGGCGAAUGGGCCGACCCGUCCAUGCGAGACCUGAAGGAAGAACUGGAGAACUUUCGCAAGCAGCACGAGCUGCUGAAGAAGAUGCUGGAGCAGCAGGAUCAGCUCAGGGCCCUGCAAGGCCGCCAGGAGGCUCUGCUGGCCAUGCAGCACAGUGCCGAGCGGGCGCUCACAGUCAUCGAGGAUGCGGCAGUGGUUCCAGAAACCACGGGCAGCGUGUCGGGGCUGAGCAUCACAUCGGAGCUCAACGACGAGCUCAACGAUUUGAUCCAGCGCUUCCACAACCAACUGCAAGACUCUCAGAGCAAGUCGGUGCCCGACAACCGACGUCAGGCAGAGAGCCUCUCCCUCUCCAGAGAAGUCAGCUGGUCCCGGGGCCCCCCGGCCUUUGGCCCCCCUGAGCACAGGCCUGUACUCCACUCGGCCUCCGGGCCCCACGGUGGCCUUGACGGCGGGGCGACGGCCGCCAGCGCCAAACUCACCAAGCUCCAGGAGCUCCAAGACAAAAAGGAAACCAUGGACAAGAUCUUACACGAACUGCACUCCCUCAGAGACCAGACGCUCAACAACAACUAUUGUGGAGCGUUGUCAACGCGGCGCAGUUUGAGCACAGGCGGCUCGUCAGAUUGCUCAAACGCAGUCGCGGCAGCCGCUCCCUUUCAACCCUUGCUCCCGCAACACGCAGACGCUGCCAACUCCACAGACAAACUCAGGAAGCUGAAAGAGGUCCACAAGCGCCUUAACGAGCUUCGGGAAUUAGUGCAGUACUUCCAGCAGACGUCAGACAUGAUGGUGGACGCGGUGAAUGAAAAUGUCAAGGAGGACGAGGAAGACGAAGAGGAGACGGAGGACGGCUCCGUGCUGGAGGCCAUGUUUGACUAUGAGCAGGACAAUCGCCAGCCCCCCGCCAACAUCAGGAACUCGCAGCGCAGCGGCCACUGGGGCGACUUGAACAGCGUCGCCAACCGCUGCGCCGGCGGCGCAAACAAUCGCGACAGUCGACUCAACACGGAGAUCAACAACCGCUCGGCGGGCAACCUUCGCAGCUUUAAUAUCCCCUCAGCCAUUGAGUGCCAGUACAACCGUGACACGGCCUACAAUUGGGUGAAGGAUGAGGACGGUCUCAAUAAUGAAGGCGCCGGCGCCCACCCCGAAGGAGCGUCUGGCUCCAGGUCAGGCAGCAGCCUGGCCAGCGAGGCGGGCUUCUCCCAGGGGCUUCACCAGCAGAAAGCCAAGCAGAAGCUACGCCAGCUCCAGGACCUUGUCGCCAUGGUCCAGAGCGACGACACAGACGCCAACACGGCCAACGAGGAGGAAAGUUUGCACCAACAGCAGAAUAACACGAGAGUGAGUGCGGGGGGCCCACCAGUUGCCGGACCCCAACAGGAUCCCUGUGGAUCAGAUGUGGCUUUCUACAGCAAGGCCAGGGAGAAGAUCUACAAAGAGAAGCUCCGUCAACAGAAGCAGGCGCUCAAGCAGCUCCACAAGGAGCGGCAGAUGCUCGGCGAGAUCCAGGACAAGAUCCAGGACCUCCAGUUGACGUGUCCAGACUUGCAGUCAUCACUGUCCAGCCAAGUGAGCGAGCAGAGUUUAGUUUGGAAGAUCCCGGCCGCAGCUUCCACGCCGGCCGUCGUGCAGCCUUCCUCCUCCUCGGCGGCGGCGGCCAGAAGCAGCCCGGCCGUGCUCAAUCCCACCGCUCCCGAAGCUGCUGCCGCUUCAGUCCCCGACAAUGAGCAGCUUUGGUCAGAGAUGCGUCGCCACCAGGUGGCGCGGGAUGACCUGCGGCAGCGGCGCAAGCAACUGGAGUCCCUGAUGGCCGAGCAUCAGAGGCGCCGCGGCGUCGCCGACUCCCCCUGCGGGACCGAGGAGCAGCCGGGUCCCUCCCAGCUCGCCGAAAGCCGCGAUGAAAGGACGAUGGCCACCUGGGGCUCCACUCCCUGCAACCUGGACCAAGACGAGGACGGCGACUCCAGCUCCGAGCACAGCAGCGAGGAAGAGGACAGCUCCGAGAGCUGCUCUGUCGACGACGGCCCGGUCUUCCCUAGCGGCAGCACGAUCCAACCCGUCUACACCAAGAUGAAGAACCAAGAAUGUAACCCGAAGCCUUCGGCAUCCUUUUCCUGCGGGUCCAAGCAGCAACAGCCAGCGCCGCCACCCAGAGGCGCCGACCGAUCGGCGAGCCAGCCUGCGAGCGCCAGACGUCAGGAGAACCUCUGCUGGGCCUCUGCGCUCUCGGCGACCGAGGGCUCCUCCCAUUGGCAGGAGCAGAUCGGCCAGCUGCAGAGGCAGCUGGACUUCAGCACCAACAUGUGUCAGACGCUGCUGCAGGACCAGCAGAUGCUGUCGUACAUGCUGCAGAGCUUGAUGACGGGCUCGUACGGCGCCUUGCCCAACGACCCCGCGUCGCCGCAGGUCCACCUGCUCAUGCACCAGCUCAACCAGUGCUACACGCAGCUGGCCUGGCAGCAAACCAAUGUGCAAAGACUCAAGCAGGUGCUGAACGAGCUCCUGCAGCAGCCACAACGUCAAAUGCGACAGCAGGCUUCCCCGGCGGCUGCAGGAUUCGGCCCGUUCUCUCUCUUCCCCGCCCCCAUGGGAGACUUCCCUCAAGGUGCGGCAAGUGGCGCCACCCACGCGAGCCCCAACCAGCAGAAGCAGCACGCGGACCCCAACACCUCCAUCAAAACAGAGUACAUGAGUUUCCCGCCUCCGCUCCAGCGCUCGCCUCUUAACGCGACUCCCGACAGACGAGCCACGGGCUGGAGCAACAACAACAACAACCACCACGUCCCGAACAACGCCGUGCCACAUCAGCCGCCUCCGACAGGAGAACGGGCCCCUUCCUUCUCUUCUCUCUUGUUCUCCCCGCUGCCGCCGCCGCCGCAGCAGUGGCGCCGCAGCCCCUGGACCGAGUGCGAGCGGGAGUCGGAGGCGAGUUUCAGCAGUUUGCCCGACCGCGCCGACCCCACCACCGUCACCAAGACCUUUAAAAGCGGACGCAAGGCCUCGGCCCAGGCCAACCUGGCCUCCCGCAGCAAAAGCCGGCGCAGGCGCGGCAAAGGAGCCCACAAGAACAAUGGAGGUCCGGAGAGCGACAGCCUGAGCAGCACGGCCGACUUGGACCAAGAGAGGGCAGCGUCGGCCCGUCACAAGGACCAGCAUCUGUUGGACAAACUCACGCAGGAGAAACUGAACAGCAAAAAGACGCCGGGCAACAGACCCAACGACAUCUCCUCUGCCUAUGCUUGGAGAACACCCUUCCUCUCUAACCGAAUUGCAUGCACAGAAGCUGCAGACGCCAGCAGCGACUUCUCCUUGUUCGAGGCGCUGAGGGAGACCAUCUACUCCGAGGUGGCCACGCUGAUAUCCCACAACGAGUCGCGGCCUCACUUCCUCAUUGAGCUCUUCCACGAGCUGCAGCUGCUCAACACCGACUACCUGCGGCAGAGGGCGCUCUAUUCCCUGCAGGACUUAGUGAGCAGGCACCUGGCAGAGAAAAGCGCCUCCCAGGAGAUGUCCCCCCUGGGUGCGGCGUCUUGGGCCACCGGCGGCUCUCAGUCCGAACUGACGCCCAGCGAGAGCUCCACCGUCAGCGAGGCGGAAGCGCCGGAGAAGACCUCGAGGAAGCGAGACGACAUGGAGUCGGUGGGGAAUGACAGCACCUUGUCUUCGAGCAACCUGGAUCCGUUCUCCAAGGACGAUCUGGGCAACACGGUCAUCCACUUGGACAAAGCUUUGGCCAGGAUGCGCCAGUACGAGCGCAUAAAGCAGAAAGCCGACUCGGACCUCUCCAAUGUUGAAGCCGCUGCUGCCGAAGCCACGGACGGUACGUCCGACGCCGUAAUCGUUGAUCUUUCGAGUUGCUCUUUUGAAAAUGUUUCUGCUCCCUUGUGAGCAGAAGGUGGUGCCUCCGGCGACGUGCACGCUCCUCAGAUCGACACCACCAAGCUCAAUCGUCAAAUCAAGGACAUCAUGAGCGCGGUCAUUCCCUUCCUUAAGGACAACAUGCACGAGGUGUGGACGCUGCGGCUGGUGACCAUUCUGCGCCGCAAGGUCCUGGAGCUCACGCGGCAGAAGGACGAGAGCAAGGAGUUUGUGCGCUUCUUCCACCGGCAGCUCGGCGGCAUCCUGCAGCAUUCCCUCAGUCGCUUCCUGGGCCAAACCCUGAAGGACUGCGGCGAGGACCUCCUGGUGGAGGUCUCGGACAUCCUCUUCAACGAACUGGCCUUUUUCCGACUCAUGCAGGACUUGGACAGCGGCAUUGCCGCCGUCUCCACGGAAAGCCGGCCGCGGACGGACCGAGCGGAGCAAACGGAUUCCCCGAAUCAGGAGAGCACAGCGCUCCAAGUGAACGCGUCAGCCUCUUCCGAUGAAGACAAGGUCCGCAAAUCGGAUAAAGAUGACAGCGAGCAAGAGGUUCUCCCUCCUCCCCCUCCUUCUCCGCCUCUCCCUGACGAUCCGAAAAACUGCAAUGACGAGGCCGACGGUCAUACGAUGCCGCUAUCCAUCAGUCUUUCGAUAGCAGAGAGCCAAGCCCUGAACAACUACGGCAGCGGCGAGGAUGAGAACCACGACGACGAGCAAGAGCCUGAGGAGUUUGAGGCCGCGCCCGCCGACGUGGAGACGUCCCUGCAGGCCGCGCCCGCCGACGCGGAGACGCCCCUGCAGGCCGCGCCAGAGGUGGCUUGCAUCUUUACGCAGGAUGAAACCAAAGAAACGGACCUGAAACCAGCCAACGCCAACGAGGGCAGCGAGCUGGCAGAUUUCGCUUCGACUGAAGAAGAACCCGCUGAGGCGGUAAGUCCCAAGUGCGAUGAAGAGGAGGACGCAGUUGGCGCCGCCGCUGCGGCCGGGGAAAGCGUCAGAAGCUCUCAAGUCCACACGGCCCUGAAAGACUCCAACGCCACCGGCACCCCCGACACCGAAUCCCCCGUCAUGAUCAAUGUCGACGAAACCGGCAACAGCAGCCAGAGGACGUCGGACGAGGACGACUUUGUGCGGGUGGACGAGCUUCCUUUGCAGCUGCCCGUCACCAGCCAGGAGGAGCUGCAGAGGAGGAUUGUGGACGAGCAGCGGAACAACGACCUACGCGCGGAAAUCCUUGCCGACGCGGAACCGGUGCUGGUGGGGAACGAUGACCCACCUGAAGGAACCAGAAUCUUCUGAAUAAGUCCGCUCCACUCAUGUAGGUUUUGCACCAUCUUCAAUUCAUUCAUUUUAAUGAUACUUUAACCAAUACUGUAGUUCUAUAAGCUGUACUGCACACACAUGAGUUGGUCAAUUUGAUUUUAGUGAAUCAAUGAAGUUUGUGUGUCGGGUGUGGGGUGGGUUACAAGUCAACACUGCUGACAAGUUCAAAUGCUUUCUGUUUGUGUUCUAUAAAUGGACUUUCCAUGUCAGGACUGUUACGUUUUAAAUAAAAUGUUGGGUGUUUUAAUAAA